GUGCGCUGGGCGUGUGUGUGUGUGAGCUGGGGGUGUGUGUGUGUGGGCUGGGGUGUGUGUGUGUGCGCUGGGUGUGUGUGUGUGUGCUGGUUGUGUGUGUGUCGGCUGGACACGUGUGGAGCAGCGCAGAGCCGCAAUCACAGCGCUGGAGAAGGAGGAUGUUGCAGACUCUGAGCGACUGGUUUUGGUGGGAUCACCUGUGGCUUCCCCGGAAUGUGACAUGGGCCGAUCUGCAGGACACAGAGGACUAUGAAUACGCAACGGUCUCUCAUUUAUAUGUCACCGUCAUCUACGCCCUGCUCCUUAUAGUGGUCCGAUAUUUAUUUGAAAGGCUGGUAGCAACCCCACUUGCCAAAGUCAUGGGGCUCAAGGAACAAGCCCGGUUAAAGGCCACACAUAACCCUGUUCUAGAAAACGUUUUUGUCUCAGUUUCUAAACAUCCAAACAAGUCACAGUUGGAAGGGCUGUCUAAGAAAUGCAGCUGUUCUAUACGGCAAGUGGAGCGAUGGUUUAGGAGGAGGAGGAACCAGGACAGACCGAGUUUGAUGAAAAAGUUUCGCGAAGCUUGGUGAGUAUCACAUUAUCUGCUGGCAUUUACUGGUGGGAUCACUGUCCUCAUCGAUAAACCGUGGUUUUACGACACCUGGGAGGUCUGGGUGGGAUACCCCAAACAGUCAUUGUUACCCUCUCAAUAUUGGUACUACAUCAUCGAACUCAGUUUCUACUGGUCACUGUUGUUCAGCAUUGCAUCGGAUGUCAAAAGAAAGGAUUUUCAAGAACAAAUAAUUCAUCAUUUAGCAACAAUCAUCCUGCUGAGUUUCUCCUGGUGUGCGAACUACAUCCGUGUGGGAACGCUGGUGAUGGCCGUACAUGAUGCCUCGGACAUCUUGUUGGAGUCGGCCAAGAUGUUUAAUUACGCCGGGUGGAAGUCGCUCUGUAACUACCUGUUCAUCGUGUUUGCCGCUGUGUUUAUAAUCACCAGGCUCAUCAUCUUCCCUUUUUGGAUCAUCCACUGUACCUGGGUCUAUCCCAUUCACCACUACCCACCAUUCUUCGGAUAUUAUUUCUUCAACGUCAUGCUGGUUGUCCUUCAGAUGCUUCACGUUUUCUGGGCGUACCUUAUCCUGCGGAUGAUGGCAAAGUUUCUCUUCAGUAAGCUGGAUGGAGACGAUCGGAGUGAUGUGGAGGAGUGUGAGGAGAGCAGUGAAGAAGAGGGCAUGAAGAAUGGUACUGGUGCUAAUGGCCGUCCGUCGGUGAACAGCCAUCACUGACCCAGGGAAGAGGUCAGCUCUGAGCGGGCAGUGUAGACAUCUUCAGAGCUGGGAGUGCAGCAGCUUUGGCAACAAGUCUCACACUGUCAAUGGACCCGAGGAGAAGUGAGCGUUACCUACUCUUGUUUUUGUGCACCGCCAGAUUUGGAGUUACAGAAGAAGUUGCUCUGUAUGGAAAGUCUACAAGUAUUCACCUUGAAUAGCAGCGUCAAACGUCAAUGAUGAAAACAGAAUCCUCUGGACCCCCAGCUAGUGGCAGGGUCUAUAUAACUCAUUGGAAUUGUGCACCAGGCAUCACAACAUCAGCCUCCACCUAUUCUAACUAUAAUAGCACUAAUCCCAUUUCAUUCUCCCCACCAACUCUGCCAUAAUUCACCAACACAGGCACAUUGGCUGCUCAAAACACUUGGCACAAACUGCAGUGUCAUUCAUUUCCUGUUCAUUCACCCUCACCACACACAGCGACCACUGGGAUAUUGAGAGCGCGGCCUCACGGCUGCAAGUGACCAACCAUCAUGUGUCUGCCGGUUUUAUAAAAAGCAAUUUGUUCUCUUUCAUUCUAAAUCAUGACGUGCCAUCUUUAAUCGGCCAAUGACCAUUCCUGCUCCAGUCUCAUGCCAAUGCAACAUGACAGUAGGCCUGCCCCUGCCCACCCGCCCCUGUC